CUCAGGAAGCUUCGGCGCUUCCGUUGCUCCCACAAGAUCUGCUUAUCAGUGAAAGGCUGCUUUCCACUGUGCCAGCACAGCAGUGCACACCUAUUUACCAAUCCUCUGAUCCAAAGUGUAUCAUAGCGCUUCACCGUGAUCUUCAUUCGAGAUCGCAGAGUCAGGACAACACAGUCAACAAAUACAGUCCCCCAAAGUGUAUGCUAUCCACAUAUCUCUGGCGAGAGUAUUAGCCUCCGUCUCUCUGCAUGACAUCUCUUGCGGUGCAUCGCAGAAAGGUUGCGGUUACCUAUGGAGGACGCAGUCGUCGGCGCCCGCAAAGCGCAUCUUGGUCGGAACUUGAGCUGCACUCUCAGGAGGAGGAGGAGCGCAGUGCCGGGCAGUCGGACAUUGGAGAUAAAUCGCAAUUGAGUCAUAGCGAUGAAGCCGUGGAUCCCUUCGCGUUUGUGGUUGAAGAUGAGGCGGACGAGGAUAUCGAGACAGAUGGCGAGGAUACUGUGCAGUUGAGCCAAAAAUCCGCCAUUAAGACGCAGAGACGGCAAGCUUCCGCAAUGCGUAGAAUGCCUUCGCCACCUCGUUCAAAGGUUGAGUCGUCACGGACAAGGAACACCCAAAAGGAUGCGGACAGGGCGGCUGGGAAAGCGAUCCUCGGAGGGUCUGUAUCAUCUCCGAAACUCAAGCGUAGAGGUUCCACUGGUGAGACAGGAACAAGGCAACCUUUUGCUGGGUCAAUAGAAGCAAAUUCGGAACGAGAGAUUCCCAAGGCGGGCACAUCGGACAUAGCUAGUGUCCCACGAACUUCUGCUUUUGAUGCUAGAUCUCUUGACUCGCCCUUAAAGCAAAGAUUGGUUGACACUCCUAUAAAUGCCGAAGGAAAGGGCCUGUGCAAUACAGAUGACGUGGGCCUGUUCGACUUUGUCUCUGACAAUGAAACACCUUCGCCCGCAAGAGUCGUGAGAUCUGUCAUGGCGAAGAGGAAGCUCUGUGAGAACGCUCCAGUUUCACCUACACAGAAGAGAGCCAAUCAAGCAACGUCACUGAAAGGGAGAAAUAGAUCUGAUGCAGCAAUGUGGAACACCAAUCCUGGAGACGUAGCAACCACUAUCUCAAGUCCAUCUACGCCAACCAGAGGGAGGAUUUUCCGCAUGAAAAGUGCGGAUGGAACAUCACCGUCGGAUGCGAUACGAACUUUUGGUUCGACAUCCAGCGAUACUGCAAUAACCAUACUCGAACGACCGGCGCAAUCGACUACAAUGGACGUCGAUGACCCGCCUUCGCCGACGAGGGUUACCUCCAAAGCCGAAUGCUUUGGGUCACUAAGAGUAGCGCCUGUACGAUCAAAAACUGUCCUGGAUGAUUUGGAUGAGAUCCUUUCGGCGGUCGGAAGCUGCACCAACUCCACUCUUCGGCACCAGCGUGAAGCAGUCGCUACGCAAUCUACAGUAAUGGACGCGGCUACCAGCACUGCAUCUCCCCGAGCACGGAAUCGAAUUGGACGAAUGAAAAGUGCAGGGGGUGGAUCGGACGACCCCUUUUCCGAGCGGAUGGACCUAUUUGGCCAAAACCUGCAGAGGUGCUCAUCACAGGACGGUGAUGAGCGGAUGAAAGCACUUCGUACAGGCACAAGCAAGGAUGAUACUCCUGUCCAGUCAAACACUGAUUCUACAGCCAUGACUAACGUCGACGACACGUUCACGAUGAGCUCUGAACUAGAGCUUGAUGAGGUUGAUGCAUUUUUCGCGUCCGACAAGAGCACUGCACCACUUCAGCAAAGCGGACGCAGUUCAACUGCUCCUGUAAUUAAUUCAUCCUCAAGCUCUUCUGUCAUUGAGCCGCCAACACCUCUGGUGCGCCACGCCGUGGGCAUCACGUACGCUCGAACACGCAGCUAUCUGGAGACCCACGAGGACGUUUAUGCUCCAAAGUAUAUCUCAGAGUCCCAGAGGAGGAGGGAUGAGGGCCUUGAAAGCAGUAGUGACGAGGAAGACCAGGAUCGACGGGAAGUUAAAAGCAUUCACGAAUUACGUGAAGCUGGGGAAGCAAAGAGAUUUGCAGAUCAUAUGGAGUAUACCUUGGACGGCUUCAGAGAGGAUCAACCACUUGGUGUAAGACGAAGCAGCGCAUUGGAGCUUGCGAAGAAGGUGCUCUCUGGAAAGUUUACAUUAAAAAUGCGAGCACUCGGGUUUAUAUCUAGGUUUUAUGAAUUGGUGCAUUUGGUCGAGGACCCUCUUCUGGUAGCUAUGAUAUCCUUCAUAAUGUGUGCACUUCUGCAAGACCGCCGUAAUCUGGAGCAACUCGUUGGCGAAAAAGAUCUGGUCGAUUUCAUGGCUAAAGCUAUGCAACUGAUCCCUGAUCCACUGAUCGGGACGCCUAGAAGCAAGUACGAGAAGAGGCUGGUGUCCGAGAUCAAGCACAUCAUUGAAGCCUCUAACUUCUUGAAGUGCUAUGGCGACAAGGUUACUACUCGAUACAUCGCACUUCAAUCUUUGUCGGCCAUUGCAUCCUUCAGACCACGCACGAUGCCUUUUAUUCAGCAGCGACUUCGGGCUACCGGGGCACUGGAUAUUGUACUACGGACACUUCAUACUGGAGUAGCGGCGAUGAAUCAGGCUCUUUCAGAUGCUACACAUCAGCGAACACAGGGGAGGAUGGCCUUACUUGUCUCAAAAUAUCAGCCAAACUCUUCGAUCAUGCAUAUCAACCUCCUUUGUCUCAGUAUUGUGGAAUUCUCUACUUUGGUAUGUCGGGAAAACCUCGCCUAUAUCGUAGAAACGGAAGGCUGCGUGAAUGAUUUGAUGCAAAUUGUUGCGUGGAGCUCUGCAAUUGCUCGGUCAUGUGAAGAGUUCUGCUACCCUGGUUCAAAAAUUCUCGCGGCAACCUUUUCUGUGCUCGUGAAUUUAACCAAUGAUCACGAAGGUUGCUCUGAUCUUAUUGGAGAGGGGGAGUGGUUAGGUGCAGCGGCCCGGUGCGCCAUUGUGCCAAAUCCCUUGCUAACUGGAAAAGAAGCACAGAGUGAUUCUCAGCCGCCCGUCGAUUCAAACGGGACACAAAAGAAGUCAAGCAGGCCGUUACACCUCCAUGAGGAGUCACACGACGACGAGAGUAAGGCAGACGCAGAGGAGAAGGCAAAGUUGACGAAUUUCGAUAUCAUGCUCCUGGGAGUCGCCUUUAUGAUCAACGUUGUUGAGAGAAACACUAAAAACCAGGAUAGGAUUCGCUCCCUUGAGUUGAGUUUACAAUGCCCAGGAGAUGAAUGCCUAUGUACGUGUCAAUGCGCAGACCGACAGAGCACUGUCGCGUGCGUUGCGGAUGUUGUGAAUGAACGCCUCGAAGCCGAGAGUGAGCAAGCAACCCAUGAAAUUCUCACCGCUCAGCUUACAAUGCUCUUGGGGCUUCUCAUUAAAGCUCAUCCGAGCAACAGAUCACUGGCCUUGACGCACAUGAAAAAGCAUGAUCAGUCAUUCGAAACGGCGAUUGCACUGUUAGAGAAUUUCGCAGGUUGGUAUGAUGCAAUGUUGACAGCUUCGGAAAACAGUGUGGAAGGAGCUGGCGUCGAUAUUGAAAUGUAUGGAGCCAGAGAGGCCGGACGUGCGGUUAAGGAAAUCGUUGAAGUUUUUAAAGGUCAAAAACUGUAGAAAUUGUGGUGGUGAAGCGACUUAUUCUGUAGAUACUUUUGAUUGUUAUUAUUGCCUGUUACUAUUGAGCUGCCUCCGACCAAAAUUUGUAAUUGCAUGGCUCAAAGACCCAUUUUUACCAUUUCC